CUCUCAAACGUAAACAAAGCAAUGUGUGACUUGCCUGGUGAAGUGUGACGUUAUUUUGAAAAAGUUUAGAAAAAACAGACGAACAAAAAAUGUGAGCACAGUGGUUUUGAUAAAUAAAUUAUAAUUAUAGUGUGUAUUGUUAUAUCAGAGAUUAUAAGUAAAGAUUAUGUGAUAUGCACUGUCGUAAUCUAAAUAUAAAAGUGAUAUCGCGGCAGGAAAUCCUACAGGAAAUGAGAGACAAAAGUGGCAAGCUCGCCGACUUCUAAUUUAGUUUCCAUUCGCGAAAACCAUGGGCACGACGUAUAGAGAACUUUUUAAAUUGUACGAUCUUAUACAAAACGGGAAUGCAAGAUCCGUGGAACGAUUUUUCUCUGAAAAUAAAAUAGAAUUAAAUGUGAUUUUACCUUGUAAAGGUAUCGGAGUAUUACAUUUAGCUGUAGGAAUAGAAGAUAAUCAUAAAUCUAAGGAAUGCACAGAAAUAAUAUUGAAAAAUGGUGGAGAUCCAAAUUUAAGCAAUGAUGAUGGCAUAACACCAGUACACAUAGCCGCAAUAUGGGGCAAAGUUGACAACAUGAAGCUGCUUAUUGGCUGCGGAGGCGACCCAUCCAGAUUGGACUUUGAUGGGAUCUCCGCCUUUGACUAUGCUGUGCGAGAACAACAGUGGGAGGUCUACGACUACUUGCAUAAUGUUGUGGAUCAAAGCGAUGACUCCUUGGGGUCUCAAUGUGCUUAUACACUAGAUUUAGAAAGAAUAUUAGUAACGACAGACCAAAUGGUGGCCGAAUACGAACCGAUUGCUGAAAACCAAAUAAACAAUGCACCUAACAAUAGAAAAUCCGAAAUGAUACGCGAUUGGUGUGACAAGAACAGUCUUGUUAUUAACAAAUUAUACCCAACCAUUCUUGGGGAGACGUACCUUCUUGAAAACGAAUCCGCACCUUGGAGAGAUGGAGAUUUUACCCAAAGCUUAGAACAUGCAAAUAAUUUAAAUGAAACAGACAUAACCUUCAGAACAUGCAUGUCUAAAAGAAGCAGUGAAAUCGAAAUAAGCGGAAUACGCCCAUUAGAACAAACUGUAGAAAAAAGCCAACCAAUCAAAGAUUUUCAACGAAAAGAGAGCAUUUAUGAGAACUUCUCCCUUCCCGGUUCACCAAACACCAUUGUACACGCGAACUAUAACUCUAAAACCAGUUUGAGAAGAGGCAAAAAUCUUACUGACGCUUCAGAUAAUCUGACUUUAGAUAGAAUUUCAUUAUUGACUGAAGAUUCUCAAGUUGAUUUAGAUAAAGCAAUACCUGUAGUUUUCAGGAGUAAGAGGUUCAAGAAUUCAAAUGACGCGUCGAUAUGUUCGGAUUUGAAUAAAUUGACUAUUGAUAGAAAUUCGUUAUUAACUGAAGAAUCUAGGGUUGGUUUAGACAGAGCUCUUGCUGUGGUUCAGAACAGGACAAAUGAGUGGUUGUCUUCAUGCGACUACGAUGUAAAGCCGUGUAACACAAGGAGGUCGUCAGCUAGUAGUGGAGUUAGUAGCAGCUUUUCUGGGAGCAUAGUGCUGGCGAAUGUGGAAGAGGAAUAUAAAUAUGAGGACAAGGAAGAGGAUGUAGUUCUGAUUGAGAAGAGAUUGCUUGUUUCGUCAGUCGUGCUACCAGUAGACGAAGCGACCGAAGCGACGACAGUCGACCAAACAAUCAUAUCCAUGGCGUCCUCACUACCUUCCUCGAUGGAGUACGAUGUGAAUUCGCUCAGGCUCGAGCUGAUGCGCCUUGGGUUUACACCCGGCCCUAUACAAGAGAACAACAAAACCCUAUAUCUGAAGAAACUUAAGAGCUUGAAAAAGAAUCCCAUUGUUGUACAGAGGCAUGGCAAAUCUUACAGCAUUGAGUUGGAAAAAUCACUCAGAAGUGACCAGUGGUUACGGAACCUGUCUCCUUAUAUGGAGUUAGAAGCCAAAGCAAAAGCUGACUUUGCGAAUCCUGCCAAAAAAUGGAGGGAGGGAAACUCUAAGACCUCUUUCACAUACCUAUUGCUGGAUCCGAGGCUAACGGAUAACCUGCCUGCGAAAUGCUCCAAACAGAACCCCUUGGAUUCUUGGGUUACGUUUGUUAACUCCAUCUUUUAUGUUGGGAAAGGUAAACGCUCAAGACCGUACUCCCACCUGUACCAGGCUCUCACACUUUGGAAGAGCGACUUCAAAACGUCGAGCGACAAAAAAAUACAGCACAUCCUAGACAUAUGGUCGGACAAAGUAGGUGUCAUAUGCUUACAUGUCUUCCAAAAUGUUAUACCCGCGGAAGCCUUUACCUACGAAGCGGCCAUGAUCGAUGUUAUAGGUAUUUCCAAUUUAACUAAUUUAAAAUCUGGCAAUUAUUACGGUGUAGCGGCAUCAUGGCCGCUCAAAGAACGCAGGAUGUUAGGUUUGCACCUGUUGUACAAAUCUAUGCAGAUAUUUUUCAACGAAGGUGAAAGGCAAUUGCGGCCUGAGGAUAUAGACUGAUAUUUAUGAUGAAAUGCUUACUGAAUGAAAUAAUAUUUUUGUACGUUUAUUGCGUAACUAGAUUUAAAUUUUAAAUAUAUACAUAUAUUUUGUUUGGAAGGUAUUUUUAUGAAGGUUUACAUUUUUGUAAUCAUGAUGUUGUUUAGCAAAAAAAAAAAAAUAGAUUACAAUUGGAGAAACAAUCGUGACGAUUCAAUUUUAUAUCAAGCUCUAAAUUAAAUUGACACAAAGAUGAAGUUAUUAUCAUUUUUAGAAAAUUAGAUUGUGGAAGAGAUAAAUUUUUGAUCUAGUAAUAAAGAUUAAUUUGUGUAAACCAGCUUAACAAAAACAAAAAGUCAAAGUUAAAUAAUAAUUUAUUUAAAGUAGGUACCUAUUGUACACUUUUAGACUGUCACUUGUUGGAUUUGUAAGAUGUGUGGUGAUAAUAAAUUAAUUACUUAAACUUUAAAACUAAAACUACAAGGGUUCCAAACGCGUCCAGGUCUGAGAAGAGCCUACAACAAACUCCAAUUAAUGGCGAAAACAGACGUAUUCAUCGUCAUCGUCUAAAUGUCUACUAGCAAUGAAACUUGCAAACACACAGCAACUUGCAAGUCAAUUUCUACAAGCUUUAGUUGCUGAAACUUGCAGAAGCUGAUAAUGGCCUGACAAUAAUAGCUUACUUCUGCAAGCUUUCUUGCUAGUGGGUAUACAGCUUUAAGUAUAAAGAAAAUUUGACUUUUUUGACUUCAACCCGAUCUUCAUCGGUAGAUUUUUUAUUUCAUGCCUACAUCAAAACCUACUAUCGUUUUGGUAAGCAUUUUAUUUUACAUUAUUAUUUAAAAAUGAAUUUAACAAUCCAGUUAUUCUGGAGUCUAUUUACAAAUAGACCAAAUAUUUUAGUUGUAAUUUUUUAGUCUUGCCAAAAAACCAACCCUCUUUAUGUGUACCUUUUACAAACUGCAACACAAAGGCGUCGAUCCCACCGAUAACGGUCUAAAGUUCUGAGUUCUGCGUUCAAAAUUGACCAAUAAA